CUGUGAACGCUGUCAUCGAGUUUGUACCUGCUACUGUUGCUGGGGUUGAUAAAACAUCAACCUUGUUGCUUUCUCGAAAGACUUAAUGCGCUCUUUCGCCCGGUCUAUGUCACUAACAGCCAUCACUUACUGUUAAUGACGGGAGGGUACACCUCAGAUUAGGGUGUCGAGCUAAGAGAAAUCAACUUAAAAUCAAACUCCCCAGACUCCGACCUCUGCAAGGCAUGGAGGCGCAUGGCUCAGCACGACUGCUGUCCCGGAAGAGAAAAAGAGAGGGGUCAAAUGGCGAGGCAGAGGAGGGGGAGCGGCCAGGCAAGAUCAAGCGAAGCACUGUGGCUUUGAGAGACCCAGCACCGUAUGCAGAUCAACUUGAGUCGGUGGAGAACCGGCCGUAUGAGCGCGUGAGCAUGGAAGAGGCUCUCAAAGGGACCGCACCGGACAGACCAGUGCGGGUGUAUGCUGACGGAAUCUUUGACAUGUUCCACUCUGGACAUGCGCGAGCCCUGAUGCAAGCCAAGGGACUGUUCCCAAACACACACCUCAUCGUUGGUGUGUGCAGCGACGAGCUCACACACAAACUGAAGGGCUUCACCGUCAUGAAUGAUGUUGAGCGCUACGACGCCAUCAGCCACUGCCGCUACGUUGACGAGGUCGUCCGGAACGCACCCUGGACACUCACACCUGAGUUUCUGACCAAGCAUCGGAUUGACUUUGUGGCCCAUGAUGACAUCCCAUACUCCUCAGCAGGAAGUGAUGAUGUUUACAAGCACAUCAAAGAGGCUGGAAUGUUUGCUCCAACCCAGCGGACAGAGGGCAUUUCCACCUCUGAUAUCAUCACGAGGAUUGUCCGAGACUAUGAUGUUUACGUGCGCCGCAACCUGCAGCGUGGAUACACUGCGAAGGAGCUGAAUGUCAGCUUCAUCAAUGAGAAGAAGUACCAUUUGCAGGAGAGAGUGGACAAAGUGAAGAAGAAGGUGCGCGAUGUGGAGGAGAAGAGCAAGGAGUUUGUGCAGAAGGUGGAGGAGAAGAGCAUCGACCUCAUCCAGAAGUGGGAGGAGAAGUCCCGGGAGUUCAUCGGCAACUUCCUGCAGAUGUUCGGUCCAGAGGGUGCCCUGAAGCACAUGCUGAAGGAGGGGAAGGGGCGUAUGCUGCAGGCCAUCAGCCCACGGCAGAGCCCCAGCAGCAGCCCGGCGCGCGAGCGCUCCCCCUCGCCCACCUUCCGCCUGCCCUUCUUCACCAAGACCUCGCCCUCCUCCUCCCCCCACUCCCAGCACGGCGGCGUCUCCCACGGCUACCAGUUUGGGGCGCGGGGACAGGUCAUCAGCGAAGACGACGACGAUGACGACGACGACGACGACGAUGACGAGUAGGCCGAUCCAUCUCACGCAACUGUUUUAGCUGCUGACUGCAACAACCUCACAAUCCUCAUCAUCAGCAUUUUAUACCCCAACUGCAUUUGUUCCCUUGUCUUUCAUAUCACCAUGUGUUAUUAUUACAUUGAUUCUCCCUAGUUCAUGGACUAGCUCUUGCAGAAACAAACACACACUAAAACUUUAAUUGGGGUUUUGUGUUGAGCGAUCUGGAUCAAGUUGACAGGGGACAGUAUCCCAACAGCUUUGUUUUACUUUGACAAUCUUAAUGUAUGCACUCAGUUUCAACACUCGUAGCAUAGCAUAGCAGGGUUGGGCGAAGAUUGUGUUAUCGACAGUCUUGCAUAUCCAACCCACAAUACAGAGAGUUUGAUUCUCUGUUGGCACAAAAUAUAUAACUACACCGUUCCCCUGCUCUCUUUCAAUUUCAGUAUUUGGGAGGUGAAAAUGCUCUUUAUAACACAGUUAUAGUUAUUAGUCACAACUAAUAAGUAAGUACUAAAUAAGUUAACUAAUAACUUUUACUAUACUAAUAGUAUAAUCAUAAUCAUGAUCAAGAUCAUGAAGAUACACAAAUGUAAAAGCAUUAAACCCUUUAAUUUGAUCUGCAUGUUGCUCAUGCAGAGUAGAUCUGCUUGUGGGUCAUCAAGCUGUCUCUGUAGCCCAGCAUGUGUUCAGGUGCAGAGUGUGGUUUUCCACCGUCUGCACACGGCUCUUGUUGGAGCAACACUGUUGUGUGAGCACAGUUGCACAUCUGGCUCAGAGCUCCUAGUGACCCCAAGAAUUACUUAGCACUGUGAACGUUUGUUUGUCUUUGUGAAAAUAUGCCAGUGGUUCAAUUGUACCGAUUCCACAGCAGUCACUUUAUUUUCCUUGUGUUUGACCGCUGUAUGUUAUUUUACUUUUAAUACAUUUUUUGCACACUUGUUCACUGGAGAAGACUGAAAACAAAACCAGAUGUAUCUCUCAAAUUGGCUGCCACUCUCUCGGUCCUGUGGCUGGGUUGAGUUUUGUAUGACACUCAUUAGUGGUCUAUAAACUCACUCACCUGACACCCACUCAGAGAAAAACAAGGGUUGUUUUCAGGACAGUAGGGCAAAGGCCUCGAGGUCAGUUUGUCUGGAUACAGUUAAUUUUUCUUUAACUUAAACAUAUAAGUUCACGUCAGGUGAAUCACUCCAUGGUCAGUUUGAGUAUGAUCAAGUGUAUGAACAGCUAGAAUAGGCAUUUUGUUUGUUUUAUGAAGGAAGUGUAUUCAACAUUUCCUGUUUUAAAUCAAGUAGAUUGAUAGAAGAAUUUAAAUGAUCCUACCACUGUUUGUUAAAAAAAAUUAUAUAUUGUUUGAAGAAUGUUUUAUUAUUUUCUUCAGGAGAACUGAAAUGUUGCUGAAAGCACAGCGACCCUUGAGGCAUUUAGCAAAGGUGUGCCUGAUUGUUACUGCAAGUAUUUUAUCUAAGUAUUUCCUUAAAAACGUACUGAGUUUUGUUUCUCUAUAAAAUCAUGAGCUGUGUAAAGUUCACAACAGCCUGUUAGUUACAUAGAUUCACCUCUGCCUCUGAUAAGGAACACCAAUAUUGACACAGACCAUAUUUCUGUAUCAAAAAGACUGUCAUGCAGGCCUUUUUGUUAAUUUACCCUUGGCUUGUGAAUGUACAGUUCAUCACAGAAGGGCAAAAGAAUCACCUAAAUGUAAAAUAAAUCUCCUACUCCUAAACCUGUCUCUU